UGGUCUGAGCAUAAACAGAUAUGUCUGUGUUGACGUAAGUAUUUUUUGACGUCUGUCUAUAUCGUUUACGUAACACGUAGUGCUACUGCUAGUGAUUAUUACUCUUUGGUUUCUUCUAAUUACAAAUAAAAAGCAGAGGGAUACAGUAUUUAUUGUAUAAAAUUAAUAUAAAUCAAGGAAAUUGGUUAAUACACAUUUCUAAAUGUUUAUAAAUAUCAAUAAUAAGUACAAACUUUAAAAUAAAUUGUCGAAGUGACCUUACAGAAAAAUUAAAAUCCGUAAAACACAAACUAUACCAAGAAUCAAGAUGCAGUGCUGCGUGCCUUUCUGCGUAAAUACUUCAGACAAUGCGUCAACAUCUGCGGGAACAGGAAUUACCUUUCAUGAGUUAUCCAGGUUACCCAGAGAAGAAAGUCUCCAUGCUGCUUGGCUCAGAACUCUCGGCACACAAGACCAUCACCUGCCCGACCCUGCUGUAGUCUGCUCGCAGCAUUUUUUAGAUGAAGACUUUUCUGAAACAAAGAGUUGUGUAAGGCAGAUUCGCUCUAAUGCUAUACCUACAACAGUGCAGAUGUGCAUGAUAUGCCUGGACACUGAUAGUAAGCUCUCUCUAAUGAGUAAACACAAGUUGGAGGAGACAUAUGAACAGCUAACUGGACUGUCUUUGUUUCAGUUGUGUAGUGGAGGAAACCUGAAGCAAACACUCUGUGUGCUGUGUGCUCAGAGAUUGAUUAACUUCAGUAGAUUUAGAGACUUGUGCUUGAGAGCCCAUUCACUGAUGACAGACUUACUUGCACAAGAUGAAUCAAUUACUAUUCAACAUAAGGAACUGAUGAACUGCACAACAAAACAUCUGCAGUGUAACUUAACACAGAUGACGUUAGGAGCAGACUACUGUGACUUGUACAUAGAUCACACUGAUGAAGAGGAACAGACAGCAGCAGAGGAAUCUGUAGUGAAAGAUGUUGCAUCAGUUGUGGUGAAGAAUGAAUACAGUUCUGUUUCCCUGUCAAAUGCUGAUAACUCUACAUUGGUACACAAAGAUGACAAUGACAGAGACCGUUCCAACAAUGACUGUGUCUUGGACGAUGAAUACUCUGACAUGAGCAUCGAGCUGGAAUCUAGACUACUGGACGAAGCUAUAGGUGAAGCUCUUCAUAACAAAGCAACAGCUUGCUGGGCUGCAGUCACAGAACAUACUGAAACAGAGAGUUCCAUAAAGAGUGAAAGUGUUGUCUUUGAAUGUUCAUUUUGUGAUAAGGAGUUUCUGCAAGAAAUUACAUACUUGGAACAUUUAAGCAAACAUUCAUCAUUCAUUCAGGUAGUUGGCGGCGACGCUGCAUGUGAUGCAUCACAAGUGUGCGAGCCUCGUGCAGCUGUGAGCCGCAGCGGUGACUCACUCGUGCUGCAGAACAAGUCAGUAUACAACGACGCUGCAUGUGAUGCAUCACAAGUGUGCGAGCCUCGUGCAGCUGUGAGCCGCAGCGGUGACUCACUCGUUCUGCAGAACAAGACAGGAAGUCGGAGGCUGAAUGAUGUCCCUCCCCCGGCUGCAGACUGCGCUCAGGCUUUAGUCGCUCCACUGUCCGCGAGACUUGCGGCAAACAACGACCACACAGUGCAGGCAACUGAAGAAGCAGCUGCGACCCGGAAAACUGAACAAAUCCUUGAGACUGACAUUGGCGAACUGAACGAGCAAUCAUCUCAGAGCGGCACUGAAAUAUAUACAGAUAUAAAUAGAUUCACAAACUGUGUAGUACAGUUACAUGAUAUUUUCAAGAAACCCAAAAAAACUGUACCAGAUGAGAAUCCACGCCUGAAAACCCACACUCAUGCAAAGCCUUAUUCUUGUGAGAUGUGCAAUUAUAAAUGCACACACAAAAGUUCUUUAAGGCAGCAUAUGAAAACUCACACUGGCGAAAAACCUUUUUGUUGUAAGCAUGUACUUGACAACGCUCGACAGCGAGAAGUCUCCCUGAAGAAAAGACACAAGUGAGUGCCUUUGCGGUGCCCAUGACACACAGUCCGCAAGAGUGUGAUGCGCCGUGUCUGGCGCACCACACUCGUGGCAGACCGGCGAGAUUUUCCUCCUAGCGAUCUUGUGCAAAUACCGACCGAAACAGCCUGUAAGUACUUCUACGAGACGGUACGACAGUGCGCCAUGGCGCCGUUGCAGCCACCGCUCAAGGAGGGGUCGGAGACCUUCCACCGUCCAGACGCCAGCCACCGGGGACUCGAGGUCUUCUUUCCAUCUCCGGACCAGGGCCGCACUCCCGAGCACCUGUCGCUGCUCUCUUCGGUUACGGAGGUAUGACUCCAGCAAUCUCCCAAGAUAUUGAGGCACUUUAUGAUAUCGUAGUGCCUCCAUCAAAGUCUCGAAAGGGAGGCUGUUGAAGGCAUUUGUGACAUCCAGAGAAACGGCGAGGACAACAUCCCCUCUGGUCACUGCAUCAUCCGUAAGGGUCUUUAGUGACUUCAGGGCGUCGAGGGUUGAGCGACCUGCCCUGAAUCCAAACUGCGCAUCUGAAAGUCCCGGACCGACUGUCUCAAGAUGCUCAACGAGUCGGUCAGCAAUAAUCUUCUCAAAGAGCUUUCCGACUUCGUUGAGCAAGACUAUCGGUCGAUAGGCUGCCGGAGUAUCUGACGGUCGACCUUCCUUACGGAUGAGACAUAGCAGGCCCUCUUUCCAAGGCUGCGGAAACAGACCAGUCCGCAAGCACUGGUUGAACAGCUCCCUGAGACGCCCUUCAAAGAACUCACGAGUCAUGAAAAUGACCUUACCCGGAACACCGUCCGGUCCAGGUGCCGUCUUUCUGGACCGUAACUCACUCAAAAAUAACCUAAACUAAAAAGCCAAAAAAUAACAUCUUACCUAUGUGCUACCUUCUGAUCAGUUUGAAGGCGGUACCAAGCCAGUGAUGUUUCAAUUCAAGCCGUUUAAAUUACGUAAUUUCUGUGGUUCUUUUAGAAACGGCUUUAAUUGAAACACUGGAUUGGCACCGCCUUCAAACUGAUUAGAAGGUAGCACAUAGGUAAGAUGUUUUUUUUUUUGCUUUUUAGUUUAGGUUAUUUUUGAGUUGGAAAUCGGUUGAAUUUUUUUUAUUAAAAUUUUUAUUUUUUCAUUUUUAGUGUUAGCAUACCUACGGAGAACCUACGGAGUAUGAACAAAAAUUAAUAAGCAAUUAGCUAAAACGUUAUUUUUUUUUUAUAAUAAGCCCAAUUUUGAAAAUACUACCUUAACUCAUAUACAAUAUUUCACUCCCCUAUACAUAUAUACACACGUAAUAUGAAUAUCCAAAAAAACUUAACUUCUUAACUUCAUUACCAGACCCCUAAUACAGUCACAACCCAUAUAAGUGGAAAGUUCUCAUCAAUACAAAUUUAUCAAGUCCAAACACAAGGUCGUCUGUGCUUCGGCUCCAUCAUCAGACCAACUCCAGACCUUCAUAAAACAGUAGUGGUUUUAAAUACCUUAUGGAAACACUAACAAACGCAUUAGACAACUUUACAAUUUUCGAAAGUUCCCCUAGAUUUCUCCAGGAUGCCAUCAUCAGAUCCUGACAUAAAUAAAAUGGGACCACCCUGGAAUUGAACCUUUUAAAACAAAAAAAGAAUUUUUAAAAUCGGUCUAUAAAUAACGGAAUUAUCGCUGGACAUACAUAAAAAAAAUAUAUACUAGUCAAUCACAUACAUACGUAUAGGUAUAAUAUAUUUACAAUCACAAAACUAAAUGGAAACACAAAGUUGGCAAAUGUAAAUUAAAAUGCUGGAGGCGGGUAGCCCUAUUACAUGUUUACGAACGCGCGGCUGUAGGUAUUUAUUUAAAAAAAUACGGCCGGGUUGGAAUACUCUUUAAAUAUUUACUCUGACUAAGCCUUGGGUAAAUCAUAAAAUACUCUAAUUCUAAAAGGAUUUUAUAGACACGUUAGAUCGUGAUCUUAAACUUCUGACAUAGGAGUAACGUCUAACAAGCCUAGAUAAUUGGUCUGAGCAUAAACAGAUAUGUCUGUGUUGACGUAAGUAUUUUUUGACGUCUGUCUAUAUCGUUUACGUAACACGUAAUAGUGAUCUGUGCUAUAUAGACUAUAAAAAGGUCUUCUUGAACAUUUGUCAUGUGUUCUUGAAUUUUUAUUUUCAUUAUAAUAGGUUUUAUUUUUGUUUUCCUGUAAAUAAAAGCUAAUAUCUUAUGUUGUGAGUUACGCCAGUGACUUUUGACCAUGAACUCUAAGCCAUAAUAUGUGUACGUAACCUAAAAAGUCAUUUUUAUUUUUAUAUUAAAAAAUACUUUGUAGCAGUAUAUUCUGGUAGCAUUAACUUCUUUCAAAGCACGAGUAAUUAAUCAAAACCCAACCAAUAAUAUGGAUUUUUCCUCUGUUGUGCGUGUAAAAGCUGAAAAUUAUGAUGAAUGUGUAAAUGACUGGAGUGUACAAAACAUUUUGGUACUAAACCAACACCAGGAAAGUGAGAAUUUACAAAUCACGUCACAUCCAAAGCUGGAAAAUGAAAGAAUAGGGUACAUUGACAAUGAAAAAUACCAGGAAACAAUAAACUGUGAGGAGGUGAAACAAGAGAUUACAUUUAGUAGUGACUUCUACACACAGCAUGUUCCAAAUACGAACUACCAGGACAAAAUAAGCUAUGAAGAACUUAAAGAAGAUAGUUUACAUAGUUGUACGUCCUGUGGAAUGUAUUUUACUAACAGCUAUUCGCACAUCAUACAUAACCUAAUCCACCUUAAAGUGCUGAUAGCCAAACAGAAAGUAUACAUCUGUGCACAUUGCCCCAAACAUUUUACGACAAAGAAUAAUCUAAAUGACCACAUAAUCAAAGCCCACCAUUGGGUAAUAGUCCAUAACAAGAAAAAUAUUCCUAAAACGCAACGGAAGCACAAAUGUUUGGUAUGUGAUAAAUCAUUUAAAUACAGUUCAUGGUUUAGCCAUAUGUCAGAAGUGCAUUGUCAAUAUAGAUACAAAUGCAAGAAAUGUGAUCAAUCUUUCAAAGCAAUAAGAUACCUAAAAAGGCACUACAUGGUAGUACAUGACAAAAUCGAAGUAUAUAAAGGUAAUAGACCAUCGAAAGAGAAGUGCCCAAAAUGUCCCACGAUACUCGAUUCAAAGUAUGCUUUGACGACACAUCUGAGGAAUUGUCACAGUGAGGAGACAUUUACAUGUGAAUUGUGUAAUUCUACACUAAAAUGCAAGGCAUAUUUGCUCGCUCAUUAUAGAAGGGUCCACCAUAAUGAUGGGAUUAUUCACACGUGCAAUGUAUGCAACAAAGAGUUUAAAUCUGUCAGAUAUCUGAAUAUUCACAUGAGGAAUACUCAUAAUAUUGUAAAAAGCGCAUGAUAUUCUGUUUCUUUGAGUCAUGUGAGUUGUGACAAGUCUUAUGUGUGUACAAUGUACAUGUGUGAAGUUAUUAAUUGAUUUCAAACAAAAGGAGGGCGUUCUCAAUUUGACGCUUAUGGUUUUUUUUUCUUUGUUUGUUACCGCAUAACUUCGUCAUUUCCCCCAAAAUCCCCAGGAAGACGUUAAACACUUUAACCUCUCAGAAGAACUGCACUGCAGAACGUUCUACAUUAUAAUGGGCUUACAAAACUGUGAAUGUAAAAAAUAACCCUGCACUAAGGUCAAAAAGCCCGGGCUUACUUGAACAACUGAGGGUCAAUACUUAGAACCUGCUAAAGCUUCUAAACCUUCUAAACAUCAUCAUUAUCAACCCAAAUUCGACUCACUACUGAGCACGCGUCUCCUCUCAAAAUUAGGGGUUAGGCUAUCUAUAUACCACCACACUGGCCCAAUGCGGAUUGGCAACUUUUUUUACACACGUAAUAGGGAUGAUGACAGUUUUUUAAAUUGUAUAUAAAUUAAGAGUAUGCUAAUAGUAAAGCAAUUUUGUAAAAGUAACAGGGUAUCUGCGAUCAUUACUUUCGGAGCUACAGGGAUUCAAAGGGUCAGAUUUGCGGCGCUGCCGCGGAUCCCUGAAAAACGCCCCAUACAAAAUGUUACGAUUUAAUGACGUCAUAGGUACAUAAUGAUCGUUACAUUUGUAUGGGCAUUUAAACAAAAUUAACAAAAAUCUUUGUUAUUUCUGCGUUUAUGUUUAUAGUUCACAUUAUAAAAAAUAUUACAUUUAAUGUAAGGAAGCUAAAACUGUAUGAAUUUUCAUCUAAUUACAAUAAAAGAUUUUUAAUAGAUUUUGAAAUUUUAUAAUCUUAUUUAUUUUGCAAAUAUCCAGACAAUCUUUGCUUUUUAUAUAUAAAUUAGUUAACUAUGACCUUAUUUACCCGAAUGUAUCAUAAAAAUCAAUAUAUUCUAACCUAGUCGUCAUCCCCAUUAUAGAAUUAAGAGAAUUCUCAGGUAUGCAGGUUUGCUCACGAUGUUUUUCCUUCACCGUUUGAGACACGUGAUAUUUCUUAAAAUGUCAAUUCUUAACUGAAAAAUCUGAGGUGCAUGCUCUGGACCUGAUUCGAAUCUACACCCUCCGGAAUCAGGGGCAGAGGUCAUAUCCACUGGGCUAUCACGGCUCGUUAAUCAACUGAGUACAGCAAGCUGGCCAGUGUUACCAACUCUCCAAAAUAUUUAUCCCUAAAGUUGGUGUCAAAAACCCCUAAAAUCGCCAUAAUUAUUGAGUUGUCCCCCUAAUAAAAUAUAAAAUUCAUAAUAAUUUAGAAAGUAAUUUUUAAAGUAAGUUUAUUUUUUUGUAAGUUGUGCAAUUCGUCCGGCGUCAAACUGGAAAUGCCCUGGACCGGACGGAUUGCACAACUUCUGGUUAAAAUGGUUUCGUAGCGCCCAUUCUAUCUUGGCAGUGCAAUUUCAAAAUGCCAUUGACACUGGAUCGCUACCGGCAUUUUUAACAACUGGUGUCACGUUCCUGCUACACAAAUCCGGAAGUACCACAGACCCCAAAAACUACCGACCGAUAACAUGCUUACCCACCAUCUAUAAGCUCCUUACAUCCAUUCUGUCAUCAAAAUUAACGAUGCAUAUAAAUGCAAAUAAUAUUUUGGCCCCAACACAGAAUGGAUGUAAGGCCCGGUCUCGUGGUACAAAGGAACUUCUCCUCAUAGACACUGCUAUUUGCCAACAGGUUCGGCGAAACAGAAAAAAUCUCACGGCUGCUUGGAUAGACUACAAGAAGGCCUAUGAUUCGGUGCCUCAUUCAUGGCUCAUGGAGGUCAUGCGGUUGUACAAGGUCGAUACAACACUAUGCUCUUUUCUUGAGUCAUGUAUGAGACAGUGGAUGACAGUUCUUCGUCACCCAGGCGCUUCUGAGUGUUCUGAAUCGAAUGAACUGAUAGGGAUUAGGCGAGGUAUUUUCCAGGGCGAUAGUUUGAGCCCUUUAUGGUUUUGUCUAGCCCUUAAUCCUCUCAGUACUUUACUGCGGGAUUCAGGGCUAGGCUUUCGCCUUCGCAGGGGUGGUGAGCUCAUAUCUCACUUGCUUUACAUGGAUGACCUCAAGCUGUAUGCAUCAAAGCGUACAGACCUAGUGUCAUUGCUGAAGAUUACUCAAACCUUUAGCAAUGACAUAAGGAUGGAAUUUGGUGUAGACAAGUGUGCGGUCAUCAAUGUAGAGCGAGGAAGGAUAGUGAGCUCCGAGAAUAUAGUUAUUUCAGAAACUAUCAUUCUCAGAUCACUCCUUGAAGGCGAGACCUAUAAAUACCUUGGAAUGACAGAAGCACUUGGUAUUGAGACAGGGAAUAUGAAACAGGUAGUGAAGGAACGCUUCUUUGGCCGCCUGAAAAAAGUCCUAAAAAGUCUUUUAUCAGGCGGUAACAAGGUGCGUGCCUUCAAUAGCUGGGUCAUGCCCUUACUCAUAUACACUUUUGGCAUUCUAAAGUGGACUCAAACCGAACUGGAUUCCCUGGACUGUAAAGUCCGCAAACUGCUGACUUCAUACCGGAUGCAUCACCCCCGUUCAUCUGUAAUGAGAUUGUACAUCCCACGCAAGUGUGGAGGACGUGGCUUCUUAAACGCCAAGAACCUCCAUAAUCGUGAGGUGUGCAAUCUCAGAGAUCAUUUUCUCAAGAUGAAUGUGAGUAUGUUUCAGGAUGUCGUUGCAGUGGAUAAGGGACUUACCCCGCUAUCCCUAGGCAAAGAGAACUGGCGCAAGCCUAUAGUAAUUAGUAACUCAGAUCGUGUGGCAAUAUGGAAGAGCAAGGAGUUGCAUGGACGAUUCUACAAGGCCCUUACUGGGCCGGAUGUAGAUCAAAUAACAUCUGUAUCUUGGUUGCAAUUCGGUGACCUCUUUGGGGAAACCGAGGGUUUUGUCUGUGCAAUUAUGGACGAAGUUAUAAAGACGAGAAACUACCGGAAACACAUUAUGAAAGAUGGCACUCUAGACAUCUGUCGAGCGUGUCAUCGUCCUGGGGAGUCCCUCAGGCAUAUUGUGUCCGGGUGUUCUCACCUUGCUAACGGCGAAUACUUGCACAGACAUAAUCAAGUAGCCAAGAUAAUCCACCAACAGCUUGCUCUUCAAUAUGACCUUAUCGAUUUUGAGAUGCCUUACUAUAGGUACGACCCAGCGUCAGUUCUUGAAAAUAGCAGUGCAUUGCUCUACUGAGACCGAACGAUUAUCACUGACAGGUAUAUUGUAGCCAAUAGACCUGAUAUAGUGCUAGUCGAUCGGUCAGUGCAUCGUGCAAUAAUUGUUGAUAUUACAGUUCCACAUGACGAUAAUCUGGUUAAAGCCGAAAAGGAAAAAGUAUCAAAAUACUUGGACCUUGCUCACGAGAUUACCGCCAUGUGGAAUGUUGAGUCAACUAUUAUUGUUCCGAUAGUUGUUUCAGUCAAUGGUCUUAUAGCGAAAAGCUUCGACCAACACCUUAAGAAGCUUUCGCUUAACUGUUGGAUCAAGAGUCGGAUACAAAAGGCAGUGAUUCUUGAGACGGCGCGUAUUGUGAGGAGGUUCCUCACUCUGGAGCCCUGACCACCGGUUGCUUGGGCACUCAAAUGUCCCGCAGCGGGAGGGUGAAUUUUUUUUUUUAUAAAUUUUUAAUAAUGUUUUGUAUUUUAUACUUAUAUUGUUAAAAAUUUAAAAAAAAAGAAGUAAAUAAAUGAGAGAAAUAGAAAUAAUAUGCUGUCAUAGGUUUCAAAAGUCUAUAUUUAAUACAGACAAAAUACUACGUCUUUAUCUGAAGAUUCAGAUUUUUUGAAAUCAUGCAUGUUAACAAUGAAUAAAUUUAACAAUUUUUUUUAUUCGAUGAAAAUUGCCGCCAGUUGCCUCAGAAUGGUUGUAGAAUAACGUAUUAUAUGUCGUUAUAAGUCGCUAGGUCAAGACAGGAAUAUUAAAAUUAUCAUUAAUUUAAAAAUAUUAAAGAGUCAAAAAAUCCCUGAAAAUACCCCUAAAAAUUUCAGACCCCUAGAAAAAUCCCAUUUCACUUAUUUGCCCCCUAAAUCUGGGGGGAAAACCCCUAAGUUGGGAACCCUGAGUCCCAUCCUCCAUCUUCAUCCAAAGAUGGAGGAUGGGAUAGCACUCGAUGCUUAUUUGAACCUGUGCUUGGUAAAAAGUGGAACCAUCAUGGGUAUACAACUAGCACUUCAUUAGAAGUAUUAAAAUAUUAUGAUUAUUAAGUUUUUUUAGGGUUCCGUAGUCCACAAUGAAUCCUUUAUGUUUAAAUAUCAAUUUUAGCCGUUUAUAAGUGUUAAGUUUGUCAAAAUUAAUAAAAAUGUUAAGUAUUA